AUGAGUCGAACUAAAGAAUGUCGAAACGUGAGUAUAGUGGUAUCAGAGUAUUUGGAAAGCGACCGGGGCUACGUGCUGAAUGUUGAUGAAAGUGCUGGCGUUUUGAUGUUUAUGCUUGAUAAGAACCUCACGACGUGCAGUUAUAUUUUAAAUGGCAUUCAGUGAGUUUGAGUUUUUUUGAAAAGGGCAAGAAAUUUAUUUACAAAACAAAAAAUUGCAAGAACUUUAUUUACAAUUUUUUUUCAAAUUUUUUGAACUUUAGGGUGGUAGUGACAAUUCCAAACUAUGCAGGUCACAUUGCUUUUUGUAAACAAGACGACAAUAACAAUAUAGAGCCAGUGUGUGAUCCCCAAGAUAGAAAUGGCUUCGUGUCCUACGAGCAGUCAGGAGACUUCAACUCACUUUUCUACAAAAAGCAACAAAAUAAGACCAAAGAAAGUACCACAGCUAUCGUAUUCAAGUCUAAAACGAUACCUUUUGGAAGAAAGUAAGUUAGGGUAGUGUAGGGUAAGGUACGGUAGAGUACGUUAGGGUACAAUAGGGUAGGGUAGGGUACGGUAAAGCACGGUAUGGUACGGUAGAGUACGAUGGGGUACUGUAACGGUAAGGUAGGGUAGAGUAGGGUAGGAAAGGGACGGUACGUUAGAUUACGGUACGGUAAAGCACGGUAGGGUACGAUAUAGUACGAUAGGGCACGGUAGGGUACGUUAAAAAAUGUUUUAAAAAAUUGUUGUUUCAAGCUACAGCGUGCACUUCUACGACAAUGAAAUUCACUCGGCCGAUGGUAUCAUCGAUAAGAAGGACUUUAUAUCAACUCCGGCCAACUACUCCUUUAGAUAUCAACAUGCUGGUUUACAUACUCUGAUAAUCAUUUCCGGAUCAACUGAUCAUGUAAGUUGCCUUGCCUUGCCUUGCCUUGCCUUGCCUUGCCUUGCCUUGCCUUGCCUUGCCUUGCCUUGCCUUGCCUUGCCUUGCCUUGCCUUGCCUUGCCUUGCCUUGCCUUGCCUUGCCUUGCCUUGCCUUGCCUUUCCUUGCCUUGCCUUGCCUUGCCUUGCCUUGCCUUGCUUCGACUUGCCCUACCGUACCCUACUCUGUCGUAUCUACCGUACUAUACUGUACCCUACCCUAUCGUAUCUACCGUAUAUUACAGUACUUUCUUUCCAGCCAGAGAUAAAAAGUUACGAAGUUGUGAAGCCAAACACCGUGCCAGUUUUGUACACGAUAGUGCCACUUUUGUUGUUGGGUUUGUCGGAAAUCAUGGUUGCAGUGACUCUUUUGGAAAUGUCUUAUGUUGAAGCGUCGCCUGAAUUGUCAUCGACUUUUUAUGUAAGUUUUCAAAAACUUUUAAAAAAAUUUUUAUCGACCGGUUGAUAAAUUAAAAAAAAUUUUUUUUUGUGCUUUUUGGUUUAUUUCUUUUAAAAAAAAUGACCUUUUUAAAGCUGUCAAUCAAUAAAAAUUUUAAAAAAUUUAUUGACCGGUCAAUAAUUUUAAAAAAUUCGAAUUGACUGGUCGAUUAGUUAAAAAAAACUUUUUGGUUUUUUUGUCUUUUAGUGUUUUUUAAAAAUGAAGUUUUUUAAAGUGUCAGCCAACACCUUUGAAAAAAAAUUAUCGACCGGUCGAUAAUUUUUUUUUUAAACUUUAGGCUUGCUUCGGUAUCCCUCGAAUCCUGGGCCAUUUGUACAACUUGUGCACCAGCGUCCUGGACCUAUUCUCACUUUUGUCACAAAAGUACUUAUCAGCCACAAUCGGGUGUAUUGUGACAUUUGUAAUCUACAGUAUCAUGGCACACAAAUGGUAUCGACACAGGAAACGACCGUACGACGACAAAUCAACCGCUACGGAGGAAUCCAGUGAUCUUUGA